AUGUCCGAGACGGGCUUCGAAAAAGAUGAUGUUAAAGGAAUAAAUAAAUUAUAUAAUGAGAAGCCUGGAACUGUUGGCGGAAAGCAUAAUGAUUAUACAGCCGGUUCAAAUUCUGCGCCCAUCAACGGUCAACGUGACAUUUUCUCCGCAUCAAAUAUUAUCAAACCGGAAAGGAACAGUGAUACGAUGCAUGUUUGGUGCAAUUUGGGGAAUUGUGCGGAGUCGGAAGAAGAAUUAGUUAGAAUUGAUAGCCAAAGAACCAUGUUGCAAGUGCACUUGGAUGAUGAGAGUCAAUUUUUAUGUCCACUUGGGGAUUCUCCCGAAGAAGCGCAAAAAUAUUCAACUGAUGGAGUUGAGUUAGAAUGGAGUUGUACGCGAGUAUAUUAG